CUCGUGACGUCAUCCUGCUGGAGAGGCUGCUGGGCACGGGCGGAAAAUGGGCACAGAUCUGCGAGGUUGCAAGCAAAGCAUGUCUACACAUCCUGUGCUCACUGAGUUUGCUAAACAUCUAAAUCAGAAAGCUUUAUUAGCUACAAGUUUAUACAUACAAGAAAUGUGACAUUUUUGUGACAGAAGAUUCCAGUACUUGCAAAAUCAAACACAGUAUUGGUAGUCAUAUUAGUCAAUAAUUGUGACUUUUUAAUGUUAUCUGUAUUGUUCCAAUAAGUAAAAUAGACCUGUAUCUUUGAAUUGAACAAUUAUAGCCAAAUGAUAAUGGACAUACAUACAUAUUGCUAAUAUACCUUACAAACCUAACAAUUUUAAAGUCUCAAAUCCAAAGAGAUAUUCUUUCUAAAAGUUAAGACUCAACAACGCCUUCCUAAAACAUCUCAUUCAAACACGCCCCAACAUAUCUACAUCACUGUGUUGGAAUAUUUGCAUAACACCGCCCAAAUGUUUACGCAAAGAAAGAAGGCGUAACUUUUAUUCUUGCUGUAGUAUUGUUGCCACCACUGCAGUGUCGGGGAGACACUGGGUGUUUCCAAAUAUGGUAAGGGGUGUAACAUUUCCAUCACACGCUUGAGGUAUUCGGCCAAUCACAACGCACUGGAUAGCUGGCCAAUUAGAGCAUACCGCACUUUUUAGAACCAUGAGCUUCGUAAAAAUCGACAUGUUUCAUAGAGGCGAGGCAGCGAGGAGCAGCAAUAAUGCACGGACAAAAGUUUUGGACUGUGAGGAAAACUGAUUAAGUGCCAGAAAUAGACCUAGCAGCAGUCAAGACCUUAUUGAAGAACUAAAUCAAGAACUUGUGACUCAGAGGGAGCAUGUGUGAUGAUCUCCGGUUCCUUUCUCAGCCUGCAGCAAACUCAGCGCGUCUGAGAUGAGCGGUCCUCUGUGGUGCCCGGCCGCUGUCCCUGCCUGCUCUUGGCAGCGCUUGGUGGCGUGAGCAGAUUGCUCCAUCCUGGCAUCCACGGGAGCGUGGAAUGGCCUCUUUGGACCUGCCGUACCGUUGUCCUCGCUGUGGGGAACACAAGCGCUUUCGGAGUCUGUCGUCUCUACGCGCCCAUCUGGAGUACAACCACACCUACGAGACCCUGUAUGUGCUGUCCAAGUCCAACAGCGUAUGCGAUGCCGCUGCGCUGCUCCCCCUAGUGGCCGACGGAGCCCUCGCCGCCGAAUCUCGUUUUCCUUAUCGCGAACUGCCCUGCUCUGGAGAAGAGCUCGGGCUUGCACCUUCAUCUACUGCUUGCUAUCUGCCCAAUGUGGAGUUUCCUCUGGGUGAGAUCCUGGUGAAGACAGCCAUGAGCUCAGGUGACGCCUUGUCCUCCACAGGGAACAACGCCGUGGCGGUGGCCGCUAACGUGGCCGCUAGUGCGGUGGAGGCAGCUUACGAGGAGGGCCUGGCUCGGUUGAAAGCUCGAGCGUUUGAGAGGCUCGAGCUAGACGAGAGGCUCGAGAAGUUGUCAGAGGAGGUGGAGCAGAAGAUUGCGGCGCGUGUCGGACGUCUGCAGGCAGAGCUGGAGAGGAAAAGCUUGGAGCUGGAAAAGGCAAAGGUGGAGAGCGACAGGCUCAGUCAGGAGAAGCAAGACCUGGAGGACAAGGCCACUGAGCUUUCACGGCAAGUGGAUGUGUCUGUGGAGAUGCUGGCCAGCCUUAAGCAGGAUCUGGUUAACAAGGAGCAGGAGCUCUCACACAAACAACAAGAGGUGUCCCAGAUCGACCAUUUUCUCCAGGAAACAGCUGCGCGUGAAGCCAAUGCUAAAGUGCGUCUUCAGCAGUUCAUUGAGGAGCUGUUGGACCGGGCCGACCGUGCUGAGAAACAGCUCCAGAUCAUCAGCAGCUGUGCCACCACCCCCAACGGCAGCCUGGGACACUGCAGUCUGCAGGGAUCCAAACCUAAUGGAAGACAGAGAAAUUCCAGUAUCUCUGGGGCUUCGAGGGGAAUGUACCAAGUGUCCGAUCGACGUUCCUCCCCCAGCACUGCCGCAUCAGGACGAGGGAAGUCUGUGUCCCAGGGGUCAGGAGGUUACGACAGUGACAGUGUGGACCUCCACGCUCUGGAGGACUGCCCUGAUGCUCAGUAUUACCACGUCCAGUGCCGACUCGGGGAAGGAGGCGGAGGAGGAGGAGGAUACGAAAGGGCGGCUGCUUCCCGGAGCUGGGGUCUCCGCAAACAGGCCAUCCAGAACUGGCAGCGCCGGCCGUACCGGAACAGCACGGAGGGAGAGGAGGGCGACGUGUCUGACGUAGGAUCCCGGACCACUGAGUCCGAGGCCGAGAUGUGGGAGCAAGACAGGAGAGCAGAGAGCCAGCACGGGGGAAACCGAGGAGGAUACAGACUAGCUACAGGUCGUUCUGAAGGGGGAUAUAAGCCUUGUCGUCAUGAGAAAAGCCCCUCUAAAGUCAACGAGGUGAUCAGUCCUGAGGUGCUGAAAAUACGUGCCGCUCUCUUCUGUAUCUUUACCUAUCUGGAUAUGAAGACACUCCUGCGGGCGGCCGAGGUGUGCCGGGAUUGGAAGUUUGUGGCUCGUCACCCGGCGGUAUGGACCAGAGUGCUGCUGGAGAAUGCUCGCAUCUCUUCAAAGUUCCUGUGCACUCUGUCUCAGUGGUGCACACAGACGCAUUCCCUCAUCCUCCAGAACCUCAAACCCCGGCAGAGGGGCAAAAAAGAGACAAAGGAGGAGUAUCUGAAGAGCACACGUGGCUGUCUUGAGGAGGGUCUGGAGGCUUUGUUGAAAGCUACUGGCAGUAAUCUGCUCAUCCUGAAGGUGUCUCAUUGUCCGAAUCUAUUGACCGAUCGCUCUCUGUGGUUGGCGAGUUGUUAUUGCAGGGCUCUACAGGCUGUCACAUACAGGAGUGCGACAGACCCUGUUGGACAGGAAGUUAUCUGGGCAUUAGGAGCUGGUUGCAGAGACAUCAUCUCACUACAGGUGGCACCUUUGCAUCCAUGCCAGCAGCCAGCACGCUUCAGUAACAGGUGCCUGCAGACCAUUGGCAGAUGUUGGCCACAUCUGCGAGCACUGGGUGUGGGCGGAGCUGGCUGUGGCAUACAGGGAUUGGCUUCUUUGGCAAGGAACUGCAUGAGGCUCCAGGUGCUAGAGUUGGACCACGUCAGUGAGAUCAAUCAGGAAGUGGCUGCUGAGAUGUGCCGGGAGGGACUGAAGGGUCUGGAGAUGCUGGUGCUCACCUCCACUCCUGUUACUCCUAAAGCUCUGCUUCACUUCAACAGUGUGUGCCGUAACCUGAAGUCUAUUGUAGUCCAGAUCGGUAUAGAAGAUUACUUUGAAGACCCUAACAGUCCCGAGGCCAGAAAACUCUUUGAUGAAAUGGUGAACAAGCUGCAGGCACUCAAAAAAAGACCUGGUUUCUCCAAAAUCCUCCAUGUGAAGGCUGAUGGCUUGUGCUAACUCUGCUGUGUUGAGGCCAGAGCCACAUAAAGGUUCACUGAAUAUUUCAACCUGAUCGAGUCAUUCUCUCCUCAAAGAAACGAGGAAGAAUCAAACACUUCCGCUUCAGUUUGAACUCUAAACACCAGUCUACCACACCAAGAUGGGCACAUCUGUUAGUUUUGACAUGACGCAACCAAAUAGAGGAGUCUGUAAAGACAAUAUGAACAAACUCUACGAGAAGGCAUAAUGCCUUGCCAUGGAUGCCGUUCCAACAGUCACCCAAUUACUUGCCAAAUGCACUAAACUUUUAAUAAGAUCUCAGAGAACAUGACGUCUCUCUUCAGAGCACAGAGCUGCAGGAGGGAGCAGUCUCAUAUUCGAGAUUGACCUGAAUCAUAAAAUCAACGUGAAAUCCAAACAGCACAAAUUUCAAAUGCACAUGGGUAAGUUAGUAAUGUGGGAGUGUGUUUGUGUGAUCAGCUCGAUUGCUUCCCCCCAUCCUCAGCAAAGAGACGCAUUCGUUCAUUAGUCGUCACUCUUCGAACUGGAUGCCAUAUUACUAGGACAAAUAUCAACAUAACAUAACAAUCACCAGCUUCAGACAUGGUUUACAGAGACUAUAUUUGGGGGAAGCCAUGUCUCCAUGGAAAUUACUAUUACUUGCAGUUAUCUUGUGUCCUUAAGCACAAGUUGAAACCGAAUGAAGAAGCCAAGCUGUUUGUGUUUGUGUCACACCCUCCAGUCCUUUAGCCGUAUUCCCAUGACCAGGGUCACUCUGGAAAGGGAUUGUUUCUCAUCACUGGAUCUUUUGUUCCAGACAGAUUUGCAAUGCCUUCUCUAUAAUGUGCCAUUCAUAGCUCCGACAAUUUAGUUUUUAAGGUUGAAUUUUGGUCAUACCCAAUGUGCCAUUAGGUGUUAAGUCAAACCCUACAAGGUGUGCACUUACCUAAAGGAAUUUAAGGGCGAAUAGUGAGGGAUAGAGACAAGCUCAUGGUGCUGUCAGUCCAAUGUUACCCCUUCAGUUUCACCUCAGAUGUCAACGUCUCCAUCUCUUCCAUCACUUACUGUUCUGUGGAACUCGGGCUGGUGCAACUGAAUGGAUCACUUCUCCAUCUGCUCUGUUGAAUUCAGAAGCUACUUUCCAUGUUCUAAAGGUAGACGGUGCUGAAUGGAGAAUUCUGAUUCUGAGUUCUGAAUGUACACUCCUGCACAAUCGAAUAGAAGGGAUAAAAACAAAUAUAUACAGUUGCCACAUCAGGUUCUUUACAGAAUCUACAAGAACUUCUCUUCUAAAAUGUGUGGGUUAGGGUUUGGCUUUGUUGGAAAUAUGAAAUAAGUUAACAAUUGCCAUAUUAGGCCAUGUCAGACUACAAAAUGAAAAAAUGAUUCAAUAUUUAUAGCCUCGUUUUGUCAAGGCCAGCAUUGCGAGUUAACGUUUUCUUUUGUUUUUAAAUGGAAAAAGGUUAUUUAUGGUAUAUUUUUGGUGCAUUUUUAAGUAGAUGGUAUGACAUGUCAGGUUUUGCUUUCUGUUGGAGUAUUACUCUAAGUUUACUCUUUGAGUGAUAAAGCACUUAAAUGUGUUAGAAUACUAGAAACUGCGAAACUAGAAUAUGUCAUUGUCGUCAAGUUUCUUUUUAAAAAAACGUGCUGAUGCAAUAAUACCGAUGCAAGUACUGGUCUCGACCUUUCUCAGUGCUGUACCAUUACCCAUCAGGCAUUGCUGCUCCCCUUGGCCAGUCUCUGAGCUGAAAUCACACAAUCCAAAUUCUCUACUCUAAGUGCUUUAGUCAAGGCGAGCACUUCUAUGGUGCAACGUUCUACUUCCUGUCUUAAAAUACAUUAUGGGGCUUGAAUUAGCAUGAGAGGAGUAUUCACACGAACUGCCUGAGUUUACUUUAGGAUGGCUGUUUAAAAUGAGACGAUGUGGACCAGAAUGGAAACUGCAAAACCAUCUCCAAGAAAGAAAUGUGGAAGAGGGCAGCCUACUCCACCCACAACCCCACACCAUGACUUUUCGAGUGUUUCUGGCACUCUUGUCUUCUGAAGACUUAAAAAAAAAAAAAAAAAAAAAGUAUGUAUAUGUUGUUUCUAUAGGAAGGAAUUACAAACUGUGUAAAUAUUUGAAAAGCAACCUAAAGAAAGAGAUAACCUGAAGCGUUUAACGGAUAUCCGCCCACAAGUGGUUUCCCCGUGUGAUGGCCGUACUGACCAGAUGACUUUCAGAGUUCAAAGGUAUUCAAUUUGCAGUAUGCUGUGUAUGAUAGAUGCUUUAUAUUGAAUGUGUAUCAGAGUCCUAUAGAGAUGGAAAUAAUUUAAAAACAGAGUACAGUUUAUUUCAAGUAUUUAUUUCUAUAAAAGAGAUGUCUAUGAUGAUGGCAUGUUUGUGCUAAAGCAUUAUAUAUAUAUAUCAUGUUGCCUUUUCAACUGUUCUUCUGUAGAUGUUAUUAGAUUAUUAGAUCUGAGUGCUCUGGAUUACUGCUUGCUGCCUUUCAUUUUUAGACUGAGCAACUGUUGCACCAUUAUUAUGAUAAAAAAGUAACUGCAAAUGUUUAGUAUUAAGCCGUUGAUGUUCUAUUUUGUUUAAUGUCGAGCCUUUUUAAAGAAUCUGACAUAUGUAAUGCACUUUUUUUUUAUCAGAGCGCUUCCAGUGCUCUGUGAUGGUUGGUUUCGUAUAAUUCAUGUGCAAUUCCUCUCUUCCUAAGCUUUGCACCGGAAGACUAUCAGCUUUCCAUGCCUCACGUGAUCAGUCCGUUUAAUAGUUUUAGUGAUUUUUUUGUUUUUAAUUAUUAUUAUUAUUAUUUAUUUAUUUUUUAUGAAGCCCUCGCAGUGGUCUUAUUUGAUGCACAGCAUUAACAUGCAAUAUAAAAAUAAAUAGCUAUAUAAAUAUAAUUGCUUGGUCAUGUAAAAACUUUCAAUCAUGUGUUUAUUUAUUUUGACUUGAUUCGCUUUAAAGUAAGUGGUGAAAGUGACGAUGUGCCGGGUAAUAGUGUGUGGACUGAGCACUUUGAAUAUUACAUUUUAUUUGACUAAAAAUAGACUAAAAGAGUUUGUGAACUAUGUGACCAACCCAAACCUGGACCUGAAUUCAUCUGAACAGAUUAUAAUAAACUGACAGAUAUUGAAAUUGAUUGUAACUUGGGAAGGAAGAAAAAGGGAACAAUCACAGAAUGCCACUUUAGCAGAAAACCUGAAGCACUCAGAAAGAUAAAUAUAACUUUAACGUAAGCAUAACCAUUGUUUUUGUACCACUAACCAGAACUUCUUGAAACAAUCAGUUAUAGUGGUGUUAGCUAUUGUUAGGUGCCAGAUGUUGUGACAAUUCAUGUGUAGCUGUAAUUGUAACCAUCAAAGCAAUUACCUAUUGUUAAAAGUAUGUCGAAAAGACGAAUCUACAAACAGAUGAUUUAUUAAUGGUGGAGUAUUAUCAGCUUUUUGUUUCAUUUACGUUUUGUAGCCUCGACAUGGUGUAAGAUAGAAACAUCAUUCACAAUCUUAACAGCCAUAUUCAAACUCCACAGCCCUGGAAUGAUUAUAUAACAAUGUAUACAUCUAAAUGCCUUUAAUUUAUCUGUUUUAUUUGAUUUAUUUCUGCUACUCUAUCCAUGAAUAUGGCAUUCAGUACUUGAUUUUGCGAUAUAUUGCUUUUCCAAUGUUCAGCUUUGUGCCGUGAUGUUAUUUAGCCAUGAUACUUCUUGGCUUGUCAUUACCUCUUGGCUCUCAUUUGAAUGAUUGUAUUUUAUGCCCAUCUGUCUAAACUGCUUUCAUGCAUUACCUCAAACAUCUUCUGGCAACAUAAGUUGAAUUGUGUUGCUUUUUUUAUACCAACAGAUUGCAUAGACGUUAUUUAAUGAAUGCCCUGCACAUUCUCUGCCGUUGCACAAAAAGGCAAUUCAUCACCUGAAGUUAGUUAAUAUUUAUUGGAAAGUGUUCAUGAUUAAACUCUUUUCUUGCUUGUGGGAACAACUGCAGACCUUUUUUUCCUUUUUCUUUUUCAUUUGUUGUAUUGUUGUGGCCUGCUUAUUAACAUUCCUUAUUGUCUGUUUGACCGGUUAUCCCAGUUUCCGAAAAGUUGAGUAUAAAUGUGUGAUGGAAUCGUUUACAUUCCAAAAUCUCAUGCCAUUUUGUUCCAGGCAUAUUCUAUGAGUUAUAAUAAAAAUCUGAUACAUAUACUCAUAUUGUGUGAAGAGA